GAAAUUACGAAAUUAGACCCCAGCUUCCUCCAUCCACAAGAAGGGGGAGAGCAUGGCGAGAGAGAUGAGAGGAGGAAGAAGGAGAGAGUGAAGGGAGAAGAGAGAAGAGAGAAGAGAGCACCAAAGUGGAGAAGACGACGGCUGUGGCGGCUUUUGGAAGCUGCCGACUGACGGUCUUCAUGUGUUCUGCAGCCAUAAAUCGUGCUGGAGUUCACAUUUCUUUUUCAUUUCAGCUACUCUGGGUUCGAACGCCGUCUUCUGCUUCUGGGCUGUCGCAGAAGCAGCAGCCUCCGUCUGAGGAGGAUCGCGUUGAGGGAUCAGCAUCCGCUGGCAGUGGAGGUUUGCCGGAGGAGAAGAGGCAGAGGGUUCCUGCGCUCAGAGGGAUAUUUAUGGAUGUCUUGAGAUCUGACGCCUUGAAAAGACUGCUUUCUGCGCUUGAACCCUUGGUUCGGAGAGUUGUGAAAGAAGAAGUUGAGUUGGCACUAGCGAAUCAUUUGGACAGCAUGUCAAGAGAAUGUGGAAAGCAGAUAAGUCCAGCUUUCUCCAGAAAUUUACAACUACAGUUCUUGAAUAAGCUGUCACUUCCAAUAUUUACUGGUACUAAAAUUGAUGGAGAAGACUCUUCUUCUAUAACUAUAGCUUUAGUUGAUACUAUGAAUGGAGAAAGAGUCACUUCAGGUCCUGAAUCCUCAAUGAAGGUUGAAAUAGUAGUUUUGGAGGGUGAUUUUGAAGGUAAUGAACAGGGGAAUUGGACAGUUGAGGAGUUUAAAAACAAUGUUGUAAAAGAAAGGGAUGGCAAGAGAUCGCUCCUGACGGGGGAUAUUUUUUUUGAUCUCAAUGAGGGGAUUGGUGCGGCAGGGGAGCUUUCAUUUACCGAUAAUUCUAGCUGGACAAGAAGUCGGAAAUUUAGACUUGGGGCAAGAAUUGUGGAUAGUCAGUUAAAUGGUAUUAGAGUUAGAGAAGCAAGAACCGAAGCCUUCACAGUCAAGGACCAUCGUGGGGAAUUGUAUAAGAAGCAUUAUCCACCAUUACUGUUUGAUGAAGUCUGGCGCCUUGAGAAGAUUGGUAAAGAUGGCGCUUUCCACAAGCGUUUGAGCAGUGAGAACAUCCACACCGUUAAAGAUUUCUUAACUUUGCUGGUCACAGACCUUUCGAGACUCCGAAAUAUACUAGGCAAUGGAAUGUCAGCUAGGAUGUGGGAGAGCACAGUGGAUCAUGCUCGGACUUGUCCGCUCACCAACCAAAUGCAUUUAUACUAUGCUGAUGAUCUACAGAAAACGGGGAUUGUCUUCAACGUAAUUGGUGAAGUAAUGGGUAUUCUGAUGGACCAGCAAUUUGUCCAUGUUAAUGACUUGUCAGAUGCCCAAAAG